AUGGCGCACAAUUUAGCUCCGACCGUAAAUUGUUCAUUAGACGAUAUAGAUUUAAAUGCAUUGAAAGAACCAGCUGGAAUUUUCGAGUUAAUAGAAGUUGUUGGAAAUGGAACUUACGGUCAGGUUUAUAAAGGGCGCCACACCAAAACUGGGCAACUUGCUGCUAUUAAAGUUAUGGACGUUACAGAAGAUGAAGAGGAAGAGAUUAAGCUUGAAAUAAAUGUUCUAAAAAAGUAUUCUAACCAUAGAAACAUUGCAACUUAUUAUGGUGCAUUUAUUAAAAAAAGUGCACCAGGAAAAGAUGAUCAGUUGUGGCUUGUUAUGGAAUAUUGCGGGGCAGGAUCCGUUACUGACCUCGUCAAAUCUACUAAAGGCCAAUCUCUUAAGGAAGAAUGGAUAGCAUAUAUUUGUCGUGAAAUUCUCCGAGGUCUUUCAUAUCUUCACUCGAAUAAGGUUAUUCACAGGGAUAUCAAAGGACAGAACGUACUGUUAACUGAUAACGCCGAAGUAAAAUUAGUUGAUUUCGGUGUGAGCGCUCAAUUGGAUCGCACUAUCGGGAGAAGGAAUACUUUCAUUGGAACACCUUAUUGGAUGGCUCCGGAAGUUAUUGCUUGUGAUGAAAAUCCUGAUGCCACCUAUGACAACAGGAGUGACUUAUGGAGUUUAGGAAUCACUGCUCUCGAGAUGGCAGAGUCACAACCUCCAUUGUGUGACCUUCAUCCUAUGAGAGCGCUAUUUUUAAUACCAAGAAACCCCCCACCUCGCCUUAAGUCGAAGAAAUGGUCUAAAAAAUUUCAUGGUUUCAUAGAGACGGUACUGGUUAAAGAUUAUCAUCAAAGGCCCUAUACCGAACAGCUUUUAAAACAUCCAUUUAUUCGGGACCAACCUACUGAAAGGCAGGUCCGCAUACAGUUGAAGGACCACAUUGACAGGUGUAAAAAGAGGAAGCAGGAGAAAGAAAGAGAAGAAUAUAGAUACAGUGGUAGUGAAAACGAAGAAGAGGAAGUUGCGACUGCUGGUGAGCCCUCUUCUAUCGUUCAAGCACCGGGUGACAAUACCUUACGGAGGAAUUUCCAGCAAAUUCAAGAAGGGCGGACGCUGGGGCAGGGUGAACCUCCACCAUCCAAAGAAGGAAAAGGGGGCAAGGAGAAAGAAGAAAUCCCUGAACCAGGGCCACCCUCUCGAGCUGCCAUACCGCAACGUCUUAUUGUUGUUCCUGAACCUCAUCCUCCUUCGAGACCUCUUCCGCUUCCCCCACGAGAAGAUCGGCAGCAAAAACCAUCCUCACAGCACCAACCUCAACCUAAUCAGCAGAGGAAUUCUCAUGUCUUCAAACCUAUGCUGCCGUCUAGUAAAAGACCGGAGGAUUUGGAUAUGCUCGCUGCUCAGCUAUCCGAUUUUGGUGAACGUAGAAGACAGAAUGGUGCACCUAAACCUCCGACUACGGGGGUAAUAGAAUCCGACUCUGACACCGAGGAGGAAGAGGAUGAGGUUGUAGGAGGUAGUGGUAGCCGCCAAGGCAAUGAUGGCACGCUACUCGCUUCAGAUCCGCCAAAGCCUCUACCAGCAGAUUCCCAGUCUAUACUUCAUGAAGUAAAGGGUCCGUCUUCUUCUGGAGGAGCUCCAAAUAGACCUCUACCACCAACACCCGAUGAAGAGGAAAGUGGGGACAGGACAUUAGUCAUGCGACGGAGGACUCAAGAAAAGUCUAAACGCGUAUCAGACUCCGAAGAAACAUCUUUACUUAAUGACUGGGAUUUGUCAAAGUUAUUAUUGAAUUUCAAUGAGAAAAUUGAGCGCUUAAGAGGCACAAAUACAAAUACUUCUGACACAUCUCCGGAUUCCUCUAAAGGUAAAGAUGAUAAAAAGAAAGAAGAUUCAGUUUCUGAGAGGGUGGCUCAUAGAAGGAAUGGUUCUGAACUCUCACGGAUAUUCAGAUUGAGAAGAGAAAAUUCAGAUUUUUUUCCAGCGAGGCAUUCAGCUGUAUUUCUUGAAGAAAAGAGUAUCGAAGAGAGCUUGAGGCGGGGUUCAGAAGUAGCUGGGUUGAAGUCGGCUAAUGGAGAACCUGUAUUGACUGCUCCCGUUCGUCCUCGGAGGCAGAGAACCGAAGGGGAUAUUGUUCUCCGCCAAGAAGGGAGAAGGAGAGUCUCCCAUGACAAGAGUAACACUUUCAAGGGUGGCAGGGAAGACAGAAGAGAACUUCAUCGAAUGGAUUCUUCCCAAGGACAACUUGGCACUCCUGGAUCAAGAACUAGUUCUGUUCUUCCAGAUCUUUUGCCACAGCCUUCUUCUUCACCAGGAACUCCUAACCAGAGGCAAGAUAAGACCACUAGCGAAGAGUACCGACAAGCAGUAGCUAAGUUGGGUGGUGUUGUUGGUCAACAGAAGCAGAGAUCGUUCCUUACGUUUGGAUUUGGGGCUGGCAACAACGGGGCUAACAGGCGGGAGUCUCAUGUCAACGUCAACGUGACGCCGACUUCCCAUGAUCUGGCUUCUGACACUCCGGAAAUCAGGAAAUACAAGAAGAGGUUCAAUUCUGAAAUCCUCUGUGCGGCAUUAUGGGGCGUUAAUCUUCUGAUUGGUACUGAAACCGGUUUGAUGCUUCUCGACAGAUCUGGUCAAGGGAAAGUGUAUCAAUUAAUCUCACGAAGAAGGUUUCAACAAAUGGAAGUAUUAGAGGGCCAGAACAUCCUAGUCACCGUCUCUGGCAAGAAGAACAGAGUCAGAGUUUAUUAUCUGUCGUGGCUUAAAGGAAAAAUCUUAAGAACUGACGGAGUCUCAGAGCAAGUCGAAAGGCGAAAUGGUUGGAUAAAUGUUGGAGAUCUUCAGGGUGCUGUUCACUUCAAAAUAGUCAAAUAUGAACGCAUCAAAUUCCUUGUUAUAGCUUUAAAAGAUUCUAUUGAAAUUUAUGCUUGGGCGCCUAAGCCAUAUCAUAAAUUCAUGGCAUUUAAGUCAUUUGGUGAACUAGCACAUAGACCACUUUUGGUUGAUUUAACCGUCGAAGAGGGAACACGUCUUAAGGUGAUCUACGGAUCAGCAGACGGUUUUCAUGCAGUUGAUUUGGAUUCUGCCUCAGUUUAUGAUAUAUACCUCCCGAAACAUACUCAGGCUGCCAUUAGCCCACAUUGUAUCGUACCCCUUCCUAAUUCAAAUGGCAUGCAACUUCUCCUUUGUUACGAUAAUGAAGGAGUCUAUGUAAAUACUUAUGGAAAGGUUUCCAAAAAUAUAGUCCUCCAAUGGGGAGAGAUGCCUACUUCUGUGGCAUAUAUAGGAACAGGUCAAAUUAUGGGAUGGGGCAAUAAGGCCAUUGAAAUACGUAGUGUUGAGACUGGACAUCUUGAUGGCGUUUUCAUGCAUAAAAAAGCUCAACGCCUCAAGUUUCUGUGUGAAAGGAAUGAUAAGGUGUUCUUCUCAUCAGCUAAAGGUGGUUCUUCUUGCCAAAUUUAUUUUAUGACUCUCAAUAAACCAGGAAUGGCAAAUUGGUGA